AUGUUGUUUGCCAAGUCUGCUCUUGUCCUUUCCUUUUUGGCUCUCGGCAAUAUUGCCGCUGCUGCAAGCACUAAGGCUUGCCUUCUUUCGGCUCUUGCCCAGGAGCCAAAGCCCGGUGAUCUGAAGGCUGUCUGCGUUACGAACGGCGAGAAAGUGCAGAGCAAGAUCGCCAGCCUGUGCGGUGAUGACAAGGAGGAAGCUCUGAAGCAGUUCGCUGAUACCUGCUCCUCGGCUGGACAUAAAGUUGUCGUCAAUACCUCGACCUCCUCUGGUGCCGCUUCCACCGGUACUCCCUCUGCGGGAUCCAAAUCAAGCAGCUCCGGUUUUAUCACUGCUACCCCUACUAGCACCUCCGGCUCCCACUCCGGCUCCGGCUCUAGCUCCAGCGCUAGAGUCAUCCCUACCUCUGGCUCUGGCUCUGGUGCUAACUCAGGCUCUGGCUCUAGCGCUAGCCCCAGCUCGAGUACCUCUGCUGCCGUACCUCUUCACACUGCCAAUGCUGGCUCGUCUGACAAACAUAUUCCUGCUGCUGCCUUCGCUGCCGUUGUCUUCGUCGGCUUCGCUGCUACGCUGUAA